AUGGAAGAAAAUAUCAAAUUUACCUGCUAUUAUUCUUGGUGUGCUCGCGAAUUCAGAAGCAAAUACAACCUAAAACGCCAUAUAAAUACAAGGCAUCUAUUUUUACGAGCUUUUGUCUGUAAUAUAUGCAACAAGCAGCUUGUUAGUAAGCAAAAUCUUAUCGAGCAUAGAUUUAUUCACACAGGCGAGAAGCCUUAUGCGUGCAGGGUACCAGGGUGCAACAAAAAAUACAGACAGCUUUCUCAAUUAUCUGCUCAUAGGAAAGUUCAUGUUCAACUACCUUUUUCCAUAGAAAACGGAUAUGUUCAGCUCGAGCCGAUUGAUUUUCAAAUGGAUUUAGAGAAAAAAGCAAGUGCUUGCGGUGAAGCUAGUCCACAUCAGCUUCCUAGCAUCUCUGAAGAGAGGAAAAUUAUGCAAAAUAACAGUCGACUUGGUUCAAAUUUUUUAAGUCAGUACAGCAAAUCAAUUUAA